AUGAGGAGUCCGUUGGGCAUGCAACUCCUGAGUUGGUUUCUGCGUCGCAGACACAGAUCAAUUUGCCUCAGUAAAACCUCGCCGGAGCCAUUGCCAAUACUCCUUAUUGGAGGUGCUGUCCUGGAUCCUGGAGAACUAGAGGGUGCAUCCAACCUCAUCAAGCCGUUGUUCUUUGAUGUAGCGAACGCGGUCGGUGCCGCAUGCGCCAAGGUUGGUGGAACGGUCGAUAAGACCACAAGCAUCGCGAGCCAGUUCAUCAAGGACGCUGUUGAAGAGACUAAGAAGGCUGCUAUUGAACGAGCUAUUCAAACUGGCGCUGUAGAGGAUAGCGUCUCUAUAUUACGGAGGUUGGGUCCAUGCCUCUUUAUUUCCAAUCAUUUGGGAACUGUUGUGAAGACAAUCAGGAGCUUGGAUACUGAGAGGUCGAUGAGCAUGUUUGUUGGCAGUGAUGAUGGCCCCGUGGAUGAGGUCGACCAUCUGACCUACCGUCCCAAGGUUGUCUUCAACGAGAAGGCGGGCCGGCACAAAUGCCUUCGGACAGAAACCGACCUGAAUUAUAUCGCAGAUGCAGGCCGUAUCCAACUACAGGAAAUGCUCCAUCGAGGGUACAAAAUCCGUUGUAUUGAUCAGUCCGUCCUGCCGGACGAGACAUUAUUGGUUUAUCAGCUCGCCCGAAAAUGGUGCGGCUGGAAGGGAAUUGCCAUGUUGAAUACUCCCCCGAAGCCAUCAUUGCUGAAGUCAGAGGACCCCAGUCCGCCAAGGUCCUCUUCCGAGGCAAGAUCUCUGGAAUCGAGCAAACAUUAUAACAAAGGCCAUUCAUACGGCGAGAUCAUUAUCACCGAAGUCCCCGCCGAGGAUGACGACCUAGCCACAAACCAGAAUUGCUCCCCUACGGCUACGCAAGGCGGGCACAUCCGCAUCCCGUUCAAGAAUGAUAGCAUCUAUGCCGAGCAUCAUGCCAUCGAUGGCUCGAAGAAGAUCAUUGCCAGCAACAAGGAAGUGGGCAAGCCGAUCGGUGUGUCGGAGUAUCGGUAUGGCUACCAAGUGGUGGUGUUAGAUUUGGCUUGCUCUCCACAUUUAUCCAAGGUGGAAACGGACCUUGAGGUCGGUGGACCCAAGGGCUAUGGAUAUGAUAUCACAUAUGAGCCGUUAGGCGAUAUCAUACGACACUUAUCGACAAUCAUCAUGGUUGAGACAGGUCUUCCCGCUGGAUGGGAGGUUCGCCAUUCUAACUCCAAAAACCUCCCUUACUAUUUCAGCCUCGCGACAAAGCAAUCACGCUGGGAGCCUCCAUCAGGCACUGAUACUGAGAAGCUCAAGGCUUACAUGACCGACUACCAUAGCGGGCCCACCAGUCGGCCUGAUGGCACAGGUCAGGGUGAAGGGAAAAUCCGGUGUAGCCACCUUCUUGUCAAGCAUAGUGAAAGCAGACGGUCCAGAAGCUGGAUAGAAGCAGAGAUUACUCGUUCCAAAGAGGAGGCGAUUGAAAUCCUUCGUGGCCAUGAAAUGCGCAUCAAGUCGGGCGACGUCAACUUGGAAGAUCUUGCGAUGUCAGAAUCAGACUGUAGCAGCGCCAGAAAUGGGGGUGAUCUGUAUGUGCCUUCUUUCUCAUUUCGGGAGUUCGAGGACGCAGCGUUUACUCUACAGCCCGGCCGGGUCAGCGGUAUCGUUGACACGGCUUCAGGUGUCCAUCUCAUUGAACGGUAG